AGCUUUAUAGACAGGCCCAGGGAGGAAGGCCCGCCUCCAUCAGCCACAAGCCGGGAAGCAACGUGGGUUGGGAGGAAACAGCUCCAGCAUGAAAGUAGUGGCUUUGAUCAGUGGUGGAAAAGACAGCUGUUACAAUAUGAUGCAGUGCGUUGCUGCUGGGCAUCAGAUUGUUGCCUUGGCCAAUUUAAGACCUCCUGAAAAUAAAGAGAACACAGAUGAGCUGGACAGUUAUAUGUAUCAAACUGUAGGUCACCAUGCUAUAGACCUGUAUGCUGAAGCAAUGGGUUUGCCUCUUUAUCGAUAUACUAUUAAGGGCACCAGUAAGGACACUGGGAGAAUAUAUACCAAGUGCGAAGGGGAUGAAGUUGAAGACCUUUAUCAGCUUCUCAAACUUGUUAAGGAUAAAGAAAAUGUGGAUGCUGUUUCAGUAGGAGCCAUUCUGUCAGACUAUCAACGAGUCCGUGUGGAAGAUGUGUGCAAGAGGCUUUCAUUGCAGCCUUUAGCUUACCUUUGGCACCAGGAUCAAGAAACUUUGCUCAGAGAAAUGAUAUCAUCAUACAUUGAAGCUAUAAUCAUAAAAGUAGCAGCUUUUGGUUUAGAUCCAGAUAAACAUCUAGGAAAAACACUCAAUGAAAUGGAACCUUAUCUUUUGGAACUUUCGAAGAAGUAUGGUGUCCAUAUCUGUGGAGAAGGCGGAGAAUAUGAAACAUUCACAUUGGACUGCCCUCUGUUUAAGAAGAAAAUAGUUGUGGAUUUAUCAGAAGUGGUUGUGCAUUCAGCAGAUGCAUUUGCACCAGUGGCUUACCUUCGUCUAUUAAAAUUGCAUUUAGAAGAUAAGGUGCAGUUUUUUUGUAAAGUCCCGGCUAGGAGUUGUUCCUGUGAGAUGAAGCAGGUUGAAGAUAUUGCCUGGCCUUUGUUGGAUGAACAAAAUGAAAGCCUUUGCGUCACCUGGCACUCUUCUUGGCCUCCUGUGAAAAAAUUGGGUAAGACACUUGAAUGCUCAGGGAAAUCUCUAAAAGGUUACCAGUGGAUAACAGGCAUCACUGCUCUCCAUCCACCUGAAGGAAAGAAUGUACAGGAAUCGGCUAAAGUGAUAUUUUCGUCACUCCAAGUUCAUCUAAAUUCAGAAGGAUUGGAAUUGACAGAUAUUAUUUUGGUCCAUCUGUAUAUGAAGAGCAUGAAAGAUUUUGCUGUGAUAAAUUCAGUCUAUAUGACAGCAUUUGAUUUGUGUCCCCCAGCAAGGGUAUGCGUAGAAGCUCCUUUGCCUGAAGGAAUGUUGUUUCAGAUGGACUGCCUUAUACAUAAAUAUGGUGGGAUGAUCGGUGAUAUGCCCUGUUAUCAAAAGCAAGUUAUGCAUGUCCAGAGCAUUUCUCACUGGGCCCCUGCCAACAUUGGACCUUACAGUCAGUGUAUACAGAUUGGAGAUGUUCUGUACUGCGCUGGACAGAUUGCAUUAGUGCCAUGUACUAUGCAGCUUACAAAUGCUGGUGUGGAAGCUGAGGCUUUGCUUUCAUUAAACCAUGUUGAAAAAAUCCUGAAAGCCAUGAGAGCAGAACUCCAUCAUAUACUUGUGGCAAACUGUUAUGUAACUGACAGCAAAUAUAUUUCUGUCGCUCAAGCUGUGUGGCAGAAGAAAUUAAGAGAACUCAAAAAGGCUGAAGAUGAAGACACGAACGAUCCAGCAACAUGUGGAGAGGUAGCUGUGGUUGUGGUACCAUUCCUUCCUAGAGCUGCAUCCAUUGAAUGGCAUGUCAUUGCGGUUGUCAGUGAGCAGCAGCAGAGGGAAAAGAUUGUGCUGAUGAGGUCAUUGGAAAGCUGCCAAAUUGAAUGUGAAGCUGUGCAGUCCCGUCCAACUUGCGCUACAGCUGUUGCCAUAUCCUUGAGUCUGACUACACCAUCACCUUCUACAAUCAAUUUAGACAGAGUCCUAUAUGACAUGGUGGAAAUGUUUAAGCAAGCUAUUGAGAAGCUGUCAGGAGAUUGCGACACAACCCCUCUGGGCUUUAGAACUUUCUACCAGAAGAAUAUCAUUGAAAUGGAAACACUGAGAGCAGGACUCCAAAGACAGCUUGAAGAGCAAAUGGGCAAGAAAGCUCCAGCUUUAGUUUUGGUACCUGUGGCAGGUUUACCAGGCAACAAAAUUAUUCGUGUGUCCUGUUGGCUGAGCCAGUAGCUAAGGAAGCACCUACAGUUUGUGUCUUCAUUCAUCUCAAAGAAGGUUGUCACAUGAACAUACUGAAGAUAUAAAUGUCUGUUCAUUGUCUCAUAUUAACAAACAUGACUACACCUGUAAUCUUUCACACACAAAAAGUAGUUUCUUGCCAGUUUUUUUUUUGUGAAAUUUUGGAAUUUUACCAGCAUCUGACAGAGAAGUGGGAAGCAACGUCAGUAACUCCCAAAUCUUUAUGACCUUCUGUUUUUGUAACCGAAAUCACACUGAGAAGUCAGACAGAGCUUCAUUUUUAAUGUGUACUUCACAGGUAACUUGUCAGUAAAAUCUCCUUCUACCAGCAGCCAAAGACCUUUUUAUUUUGACAGGCUUUUGGUUACUAAAUGGUGUUUGCAAAGGAGCCUUUAGAGGAAAGAGUUGCAAUGCAUUCACUUUGUUAUGUUUUACAUUCCUUUAAAGUGUCUUAAUUAUUUCUGUUUUAAAUAGGAUAGCUUAUUUCAUUGUUUUUAUUAUUCUUUUGUGCUCCCAGCAGUGCAGUGGGUUAAAGCGCUGAGCUACUGAACCUUCUGACUGAAAGGUCACAGGUUCGAAUCCAUUGAGUGGCGUGAGCUGCCACUGUUAGACCCAGCUUCUUCCAACCUAGCAGUUCGAAAACAUGCAAAUGUGAGUAGAUCAAUAAGUACCACUCUGGCGGACAGGUAACAGUGCUCCAUGAAGUCAUACUGGCCACAUCACCUUGGAGGUAUCUAUGGACAACGCUGGCUCUUUGGCUUAGAAAUGGAGAUGAGUGCCAACCCCCCAGAGUUGGACACGACUAGACUUACUGUCAGGGGAAAAACUUUUACCUUUUAUUAUUCUUUUAUCUUAAUUAUUGUUCUUUGCUGUACUAUGCUGUGAAUUACCUUGGGUACCAUGCUGAAUGAAAGGCAGAAUAUAAAUGAGAGAGACUGGAAAAAAUGCUGGCUUACUCCAUACUUCUUCCAGUGACUGUGAGCCAAAUUUUCAGCAUGUAGUCCUUACUAGAGGAUAAGUGACUAAGCCAUUUAUACUGAUAAUGCUCCCAUUAAGCUCAAUGCACUGUACUAUGGUGAGUACAGUAAAUGGCCUCAUCUUGCCCUGAAUCCAAAGCCCUACACACAAAUGAGGAGGCCAUUGUCAGCAGUGAGAGAGAAAGAGCUGCAGGACAUCAAGGGUCUCAUUCACAUCCCAUGGCUGACAGCAGGAAAACCUAAUUGAGUACUCAAAUUAGAUCCGCUUCCAGUUCCUUGUUAAAGGAAAAAGCUCCAGAAAAUGCCUAUUGGCAUUCAUCUUACAAAGCCAACUCUGAGGUGAAUGUAUGCCUUUACCCAUUGCCACAUGUAUAGCUUUCCUCUCCAAGACUGAAAUAAGACCCAUCGGCAUGGAUAUCUGUGAGGUCUGCUGGAAUUCCUGAUUGGUCUGUGGAAUGAAACAUUAACUCCUUAUGCACAUUUUCAUGUGCAGAGUGUGGAACAUUACUCUUUUAGACUGCAGUCACGAGAUUGCCAAGUCAGUAUGGCCCCUCUGUGUACUGACUUGGGAAUUUCCAAAAGUAGUGGGAGAAAUUCACACAAGUCCUGGUUUUUAAAUGGAGAUCUUCAUUCACUGGAUUCCAGUGAGAGUUAAAGGUGAAUUCUUAAUAGGGCUCCUUCGAAUAUGAGCUAUGUUCUUUCAAGCUCUCUGGAAAAAAAAAUUGACCACAAUUUAUGUAGAUAGGCUUCAAACUGGUCCAGUUUUAGAAGGUGGAGGACAUGUAGUAUAAUAAUAAUAAUAAUUGUAAUUUGCAAUAUUUUGAACAAUAUCAGAAAUUCAAUAUGAAAUAAGCACUAGACUGAGCCCCAUUUUGUUUUCCCAUUAUAUUACAUGUAUUCUGUUGUAAAUAUUUCAGUAUUAAGGCUACCAACAUAUCGACAUAAGCUAUUCCUUGUAAUGUUUUUUUUCUUUUAAGUGUCAUUUUUUGCAAAUAUUUGUCUGAUUAAAUCCAUUCUUGAUCAAC